AACUAGAAACAAGCGAGCAUAAAUUCAACAUUAGAAGCUAGAUGCAGAGCUAAAACUAGAACCAGACAGUAUUAAUAGCUAAAAACGGGAGAUUCAGCAGACCUUGAGACACAAUCCAGAACUGGAACUAAAGUCAACAAAUUUAGAGGCAGAACUUAAAGAGAACCAGGGGUAAACGCUUAACUAAAAUAAUAAUUAAACAACAUAUGAAUAACAUUUUGUUUUCUCACACACAAAGCGUUUUACCGGACUAGAGACUGCAUUAGAACCUUAACCAAAGGUUGGAGACAGUAUUAAAUCCAGACCCAGAGACUGACAGAACUAGAAAUAAAGCUACAUUAGAAUUUUUUUUGUUGUUGUUGUAAAUAUCUUGAAUGAAAUAAAACAUUCAUGUGAUUUCAAUGGAUUUCAACGAAGUAAUUCAGCAUUUUGGGCCACUGCGCGCCCCCUGGAGGAAGAAUAUCUUAUCUGUCAUGAAAACGGCAAUAGGCUAUGCUUUGGACACACACUUGUUCGUAUCCUUUCACAAAUGGUCGCCAGGCGGCUCUGAGCACACGGAAAACGCCGGAGAAGCGGGUGAGCCCCUGACAGAGGAAUAAAUCUGCAGAUCAACACAAAUCCCCCUGUUUCCUCCUCCUCCUCCUCCUCCUCCUCCUCCAGCAGCAGCAGCAGCAGCGGUCAGCUUUCACCAGCCGCCCGGCGCGCUCUGCGCUCCCGACUACCGGAUCAUAACCAUCCGCGCGCUUGAAAAAACUGCUUUCCUGUUGGACUUUACGAGAACAAAAGCCCGUUAUCAUGCGACUGAAGCUGAAAUCAGUCGCGCAGAAGCUCAGCGUGAGAGACUCUGACUGUGGAGCAUGAGAGGAGACCCACAGGAGGAGAUCAGGGAUUAUUCGCUCCUUAUCAAGAGCCACAACCAGAGUUCACUGGCAGGCCAUCACCCGUCUGAGAUCUGCUGCUUUCAUCUGCUCUCUAAAGGUCUCAUUGUGCUGCUGCAUUGAGCUCCUGUAUUUCUGCUGCACCUCUUCAUUUUGUGGAUCUGUAAGAUAGAUAGAUAGAUAGAGUCUCAGAGAGAAGGAGAGUGUGAGACAGAAGGUUUUAAGGCUGAAGGAGCAAUGUGAUGGUUGGAUUCCUCCUACAGCUCACUGGCUACGAUGGACCAAAUCAUACACUGAAACAUCACUGCUCAAGACACAAUGGUCCUUGUUUUUUUCCUGACAGUAACAACUCUACAACCAAACAUAUCCAUUUCAACAGAAGCAAAUGACAAUGGGGACACGGUGCAGUCCAGCGCACCCAUCCUGCCCAUACUGCUGGGUCUGUGCGUCUUGGUGCUUUUUCUGGGGUUGCUGACCUGGUUUUGCCUCAGGUUGAAAAACCAGAGGAAAGCUGUCAUCACAGCCGUCGACAAGAAAGUACCAAAUGGCAUCCUGGAAGAGCAAGAGGAAUAUUUAGAUGUGGAUAAAGAUGAGGAUGAGGAUGAUCUUGGCUGGCCGUCAGAAGAGCAACAGACGGUGGUCUUACUGCCCAGAUCCCCUUCCACAUCCAAAACAUAUAUCCCCAUUCCUGUAGACAACUUGGAAGAAGAGUAUCGGAUACGCUCGGCCGAUGAUGGGAAACUCUUCCGGGAAGAGUACAAUUCAUUACCAGGGGGUUCGACUCAAGGAACAUGUGAAGAGGCCAAUAAAGAAGAAAACAAGGAGAAGAACAGAUAUCCAAACAUCUUACCUUAUGACCAUUCCAGAGUGAUUUUAACACAGAUGGAUGGAGUCCCAUGUUCAGAUUAUAUCAAUGCAUCAUAUAUCGAUGGUUAUACAGAUAAGAAUAAGUUCAUUGCAGCACAAGGUCCGAAACAAGACACAGUCGCAGACUUCUGGAGAAUGAUAUGGGAACAGAAAUCAGCUACUAUUGUAAUGCUAACUAAUCUGAAAGAGAGAAAAGAGGAUAAGUGUUAUCAGUAUUGGCCUGAUCAGGGAUGCUGGACGUACGGUAACGUUCGUGUUGCUGUGGAAGACUUUACAGUUCUGGUGGACUACACCAUACGCAAAUUCUGUGUGCAAUAUCAGGCCAGCGACGGCACCAAAACACCUCGUCUGGUCACGCAGCUUCACUUCACCAGCUGGCCGGACUUCGGCGUUCCCUUCUCGCCCAUCGGCAUGCUGAAGUUCCUGAAGAAGGUGAAGCAGGUGAACCCGUCGUACGCCGGGCCCAUCGUGGUGCACUGCAGUGCCGGCGUGGGCAGGACAGGAACGUUCAUCGUCAUCGAUGCCAUGAUUGACAUGAUGUACGCAGAAAAGAAUGUGGACGUCUUCGGUUUCGUGUCACGAAUACGAGAACAGAGAUCGCAGCUCGUUCAGACGGAUUUGCAGUACUCCUUCAUCUAUCAGGCUCUGCUGGAGUACUUCCUGUACGGAGACACGGAGCUGGACGUUUCUUCUCUGGAGGGUCACCUGCACAAACUUCACAACACCAGUGCGCCGCUGGACCGCGUGGGCCUGGAGGAAGAGUUUAAGAAACUGACAAACAUGCGUAUAAUGAAGGAAAACAUGAGGACGGGCAACCUGCCUGCCAACAUGAAGAAGAACAGAGUCCUUCAGAUUAUUCCAUAUGAUUUUAACCGAGUCAUCCUUUCGAUGAAGAGAGGGCAGGAGUUCACCGAUUAUAUCAACGCAUCUUUCAUUGAUGGGUACCGGCAGAAGGACUAUUUCAUCGCCACACAGGGUCCUCUGGCGCACACGGUGGAUGAUUUCUGGAGGAUGGUUUGGGAAUGGAAGUGUCACUCAAUCGUGAUGCUGACAGAACUGCAGGAGAGAGAUCAGGACAAGUGUCUUCAGUACUGGCCUACAGAGGACUCAGUGACUUACGGAGACUUCACGGUGGAGAUGAAAGGAGACACGCUGUGUGACACGUUCAGUCUCAGAGAUCUGCUGCUCACAUACGGCCCGGAAAAGCAGACACGUUUGGUUCGGCACUUUCAUUUCCACGGCUGGCCAGAGAUCGGGAUCCCAGCCGAGGGUAAAGGGAUGAUCGACAUCAUCGCAGCGGUGCAGAAACAACAGCAGCAGUCAGGCAACCACCCCAUCGCCGUGCACUGCAGUGCCGGAGCGGGUCGGACCGGUACGUUUAUCGCUCUCAGUAAUAUUCUGGAGCGAGUGAAAGCCGAGGGUUUGCUGGAUGUGUUUCAGACUGUGAAGAGUUUACGAAUGCAGCGGCCACACAUGGUGCAGACAGUGGAACAGUAUGAUUUCUGCUACAGAGUGGUACAGGACUUUGUCGACAUUUUCUCAGACUAUGCCAAUUUCAAAUGAUCUAAUCUGCCUUAAAUGUUUGAGUUUGAUGCUUUUUUACACGUCAGUCGAUCAGGAUUUUACACGGCGACUGGAAGAUAAUUGCGCUCUAUUUUGCUAUGCACUUCUCCUCGAUGUUACUAAAAGACCACAUCUAUCUGUAAUAUACUAAGGCUACUAAAGUUUUCAAAACUGUAAAUUGUUUUGUCUCCUUCAUAACAUAUUUAAAUGGGUUAUUUUAUUUUGGUCUUUCUCAUGACGGAUCAUUCCAGUUGGACUUCUGUUGUUAUUGUAAAAUAGUGUUUUGUCUGUUUAUUUGUUCAACUAAUUAUUUUUAUUUUUUAUUAAGCGACUCAUGUAGAAUUUGUAAAGCUGUAGGUGGUUUGUAUUUAUGCACUGUCGCAGACAGGACGUCCUGCCAGAUAAAACAUGUAUGUGAAUGUUCCAUGCCAAUUUAUUUAUUCAGAGUUAUCGUCUUACAAUUUAUGAAAGAUAUCGUGUCAAAAAGUUAUUUUGUUCCUGUCUUUAACAUUGUGCUCAUCAGCCAUUGCAAAUGUGAACAUUUUUGACUUUUUUUUUUUUGGUUUCAAAGCAGCAAAUAUACAUAAAGCGAUUGAGAUUAUUUAGGUUUGGCAGGAUGCGGCUAAAGCAUUGUUCGUAAGAAAGGCACAAACAAACACAUUUACAUGGUGUAACAUCAGCAAGAAUUUCCAUUAGAUGUGAUCUUGCACAGAAACAACAACUGUAUGAGACUGAUGACCUUUGACCUUAAACGUCCUGCCUCUGUUUCCCUGAGAAUGAUGCUGAGAAAAACUGCACAGGUUUUUAAAGCACACACACCACUGAUUGUUGCCUUGCAGAAGGCCAAGGAUUUACAAAUAAAUGAACAAAUGCAUUAUGAAAUCA